AUGGCCGCAAAGAUCCGCAAAGCAAAGAGCGUGCAGGCUGUCACCGCAGGGCCUAGAGACCUUGGCGGUGGUAUGGAGGCGGCGAGUGCGCAGAUCGGCAUCAGUGGCGGGCUCCUCAGCCGGGGCACCGCGCAGUUGGGCAAAGGCGUUGCGAGCACGCUCCAGAAGUCGGAGCCCGACAUGAUCAAGGCCUUGGACAAAGCGCUGGGGCUGGACCAUCCAACCGACAGCGUCAAGCAGGAGGCGCAGCAGAUGGUCAACAAGAAUGCCAAGGCAGCGGCCGGGAACCUUGCAGCGGCUGUGAGCAACUUCUCCAAGAUGUUGAGCCAAGGAGAGAUGGACGUUGCUGGCAACGUCAGCAGCGCCCUGGCGGCCGUGGGUAGCGCCCUGGAGAGCCAGAAGCAACCACUAGCAGGCAAGCCGCCCAAUUCGGAAGAGAUGGCAAGAACGGCCCAGUAUGCCAUGAACAACAUCUCCUCCAUGCUCCGUCAAGGGGAGAAGAGCUUGGGCAACAUGUUCAAGCCACCGCAGGUGCCCAACCCUUUGCAGAUCUUCAAGAACCCCUUCGAGCAGAAUACGCCAGCCCCAUCCUCUCCGCCGGCCCCCCCCAACAUGAUGCCAUGGGUGCAGCCAGCGCCCACGCCGAGCCCUGGACCCACCAUUUUCCAUUGA